AUGGUAAUCAACUUUGGGGCAGGUCCAGCGAAGUUGCCUCGCGAGGUGUUGGUGGAAGUACAGAAAGACCUUGUCGAGUAUGGAACUAGUGGUAUGAGUGUGAUGGAAAUGUCCCAUCGCGGAAACACCUAUGUUGCCCUGCAUGACAACACAUUGGCUCUGGUUAAGGAACUGCUUGAUGUGCCGGAUAACUAUAAAAUCCUGUUGAUGCAAGGAGGAGGAACGGGACUGUUUGCUGCCGUUGCGAUGAAUCUUAUCGGUAAAACGGGAAAAGCGGACUACCUUGUUACGGGAAGCUGGUCUUCGAUGGCCGCCAAAGAAGCGGCACGGUACGGAACAGUCAAUUGGGUUGUGCCCAAGCAGGAUAAGUAUACCGGCAUUGCGGAUCCGACUCAAUGGAAGCUUGACCCGGAAGCCUCGUACGUGUAUUACUGUGACAAUGAAACAAUUGGUGGAAUCGAAUUUGACUCGGUGCCAGAAACCAACGGCGUGCCGUUGGUGGUGGAUAUGUCUUCAAACAUGAUGUCUCGACGAAUUGAUAUUAAGAAAUUUGGCGUUAUCUUUGCCUGUGCGCAGAAGAACAUCGGCCCAUCCGGUAUUACAUUAGUGAUAGUGCGCGAAGAUCUGAUUGGGCACGCAAUGCCAAUUACUCCGACAAUUUUUGAUUUUAGUGUCAUCGCUAAAGCCAAUUCAAUUAGCAACACGCCGCCAACGUUUAUCAUCUAUGUGAUGGGACGGGUGUUUGCUUGGAUCAAGCGCAACGGUGGCGUUGAUGAGAUGUACCGCCAGUCAAUGGUUAAGUCGCAGUUAAUAUACGAUGUGGUUGCGAAAUCUAACGGAUUUUACUUCUGCCCGGUGGAAGCAAAGGUGCGCAGCCGAAUGAACGUGCCAUUUCGCGUCGGAGGUCCGAAUGGAGACGAAGAGCUCGAGAAACAAUUCUUAAAAGGCGCAGAAACCCUCGGCAUGCAACAGCUGAAGGGUCACCGUUCGGUCGGUGGGAUUCGUGCCUCCCUGUACAAUGCGGUUACGGUCGAAGAAACGACGGCCUUGCAACAGUACAUGCUGGAGUUUUUGAAGAAGCAUCAAAAAUCUUAAAAACCUAGUGGUCAGUUUAUUGCCGUAUACCAUCGGGCGGCACGCAGUUUACUUGCUAAGUAGUAAAAUAUACAUUUAAUUGACAUUCUCCUGCCGAAAUAUAUCAUCCAGAAUGGAUUCUAACGAUUCGUUCGUUCCCUUUA